AAAGAAAGAAAGAAAAAAAAAAAAACCAAGGAAACCAUUCUAUCAACCAGCCAUGCCUUCACCCCAGAUCACCUUGGAAUUCCCCUCUCAUCUCAAGCUCAAACCAGUCACCUUAGAGACUGGUUUAUUUAUCAACAACCAAUUCGUCGAAUCAGCGGAUAAGAGCACCUUCGAAACGGUCAACCCAACCAACGGAAAAGUGAUAGGCUCAGUCUCAGAAGCGAAAGCUCAAGAUGUCGAUCUUGCCGUCAAAGUAGCAUCAGAAGCUUUCGAUAAAGUCUGGGGCCUCAAAACCCCUGGUGCAACCAGAGGCAAAAUGUUGAUGCAUUUAGCGGACAAGAUCGAAUCUCACAUGGAUACCUUUGCGGCUAUUGAAGCUAUGGAUAACGGCAAGACUUUUACCAUGGCCAAGGCGUUUGAUGUAGCCGAGGCAGCGGCCUGUUUAAGAUAUUAUGGCGGCUGGGCAGACAAGAAUACCGGCCAGACAAUCGAAGUGAACGAGUCCAAGAUGGCCUUCACCAUGCAUGAGCCAAUCGGAGUGGUCGGCCAAAUUAUUCCUUGGAAUUUCCCGCUAUACAUGAUGUCGUGGAAGAUAGCGCCAGCCUUAGCGACGGGGAACACGAUUGUACUAAAGCCAGCCGAGCAGACGCCAUUGACAGCAUUAUAUCUAUGCCAAUUCAUCAAAGAGAUCUUCCCGCCGGGGGUGGUGAACAUCUUACCCGGCUUCGGACCGGGCGCAGGCCAGCCUAUAGUCGAACAUCCCUCGAUCGAAAAAAUCGCCUUCACCGGCUCCACCGCCGUCGGAAAACAGAUCCUCGCUCGAUCCGGCCAGAAUAACCUCAAGAAAGUCACCCUCGAACUCGGUGGGAAAUCUCCUAACAUUGUCUUCGAUGAUGCAGAUUUUGAUCAAGCCGUCAAAUGGGCCCAGUUUGGUAUUUUCUUUAACCACGGUCAAUGCUGUUGUGCUGGGUCGAGAGUGUUUGUCCAGGAAGGCAUCUAUGAUAAAUUCGUGACUGCUUUGAAGGAGAAUCUCAAGAGCCUCAAGGUAGGCGAUCCGUUCGAUCUGAACACCUUUCAAGGUCCCCAAAUCUCUCAACUUCAAUUUGAUCGAAUCAUGGCUUACAUCAAAUCAGGUAAAGAUGAAGGGGCAACCUGUUUGCUCGGCGGUGAGCGACAUGGUCAAGAAGGCUACUUCAUCCAACCCACGAUAUUUACGGAUGUGAAGGCGGGAAUGAAGAUCCAUAAUGAGGAGAUUUUCGGGCCGGUGGUGGUGGUGAUGAAGUUCAAGGACGAGGAAGAUGUGGUAAGACAGGCGAAUGACACCGUCUACGGACUAGCGUCGGCCAUCCAUUCCACCGACAUCACCAAGGCUCUUCGGGUCUCCAAGCGGAUCAAGGCCGGGACGGUCUGGAUUAACUGCUACAAUCGGAUCGUCAGUCAGGUGCCCUUUGGUGGCUAUAAGGAGAGCGGCGUCGGGCGCGAAUGCGGUAGCUACGCUCUGUCAAACUACACCGCUGUCAAAUCCAUCUUUAUCAACAUGAAUGAAAAACUUUGAUUGCACAUCGCAAACCAUCUUCUACAAAGUAUUCCCAGCCUUGUUAUUUUAUUUUUUUCUCUCUUCAUGCGUCUCGCGCUAUCCUCCCAAAAUUAGGAGGAUGGUGGUGUUACAUUCAUGAUCGAGGAAUUCUUGACAACUUAUAAGAUCGCCUUAUCUACCCCCCAAAAUCCCCUUCCUUGUUUGCUUCUUCUGUCAUGAUCAUCCUAUUAUCGUAGAUCAUGUAUGUGCACAUAUCGUUUUUGUAUUGUCGUUAUUGUUGUCUCUUGCUUUUCUUUCUUUUUUCCUCUGCUGAAUGAAAGAAAAAAUUGUACCCAUCUUGAUCACUCUACAAUGUCCCCUCUCACGACUCAUGCCACCAUUUUUACGACAAAAAAAAGACAGUUUCACACUUCAAGCUUUCUCAAAGAGCAGCUUUGCCCCGCUUAUAUGUAUUGUUAUCCAAGAGAACACGAAAGAACAGAUAGAUCUACAUCCACGCCCCUUGAGAUGAUGUUCUCGACCCUACAUAAAUAGUACUACCUAGUCGGUUUCCUUGGGAAGGUUGGAAAGUCCGUGUGGAGAUGAGCGUGGGGAGGAGAUUGGGU